AUGUCGUGCUGGUGGACGAUGUGCUUUUACACCGGCCGCACGAUACGCGCCGCGCUGGAUGCCCUCAAUGACUACGGCAGGCCGACACAAGUGCAGUUGGCCGUGAUGAUCGAUCGGGGACAUCGCGAGUUGCCAAUACGAGCCGACUACGUGGGCCGCAACAUUCCCACUGCCCGGGAGGAGAUCGUCGCGGUAAGGAUUGACGAAAUCGACGGCCAGGAAGAGGUAGCCCUGCUCCGCCCUGAUGGAACGCAGGAAGAGGAAUCCGGACCCGAAUCGCGACAGCCCGAAACUGUUGCCGCCACUGAAGAGUAG